AUGGGUGUAAAGAAGAAUAUAAGCAAAGUAGAAGAACUGAUAUAUCUGAGAAAGAAGCAGAAACACAGCCUAAUAAUACCUUACACUCUGUAUAUAUAUGUACACUGUAUAGAUCGUCUCCCACGUACAAAUAUCAACACUCAUCUCAUCGCCACGCACGGACCACCCACUCAAACCCGAUAUCAAACCCGCCAACUAACCAACCCGCAACGAGGACAAAAACAAAUCCCAAACACAAAAGAACAGACAAAUCCCUGA